UGCAGUUCUGCAUUUGCUGUUUAUUCAGUCUGGACCACUCUUCUGAUGCCAAAGUAUUUACAGAACUUCCCCAGAUCCAACAGUCCCUUGGAUAUGAUUGGCCUUAUAUCUGCAUGAACUGAAGAAACAACUACACAUCGAUAACUUCCCUCACUGAAACCCACUGGAUGCUGUCUUUUUGCCUGGUCAGAAGUGGUUACAUUUUGCCUGUUUGAGAAGAUUAGUUUCAUUUGCAACAUUAAAAAGAUGGCUGAAGAGGAAAAAUUCUCUGUAAAGAAACCAAUUCAGUUUGGUAUUAAUGGAUAUAUUCCAACAGUAAAACUAUGCAUCAGAAAUGAAAAUGCCCCCAAAAGUUAUUCCGCUUGUUUAGACAACAUGCAAAUAAAACGUAUGUGACUGGUCCACCAUAAAAAAAAGCCGGAUCACUAACAGCAAGCUGAUUGUCAAAUAAGAGCCAUCAGGAAAGCCACAGACUAAACCUUACCUUUAAAUUAGUUAUCUGUAAGCCUAAUGGCCUGUUGCAAAUAUCAUGUUAGCUUCAGAACACAAAGAUUUCUGCAUUCCCUAGCUACAAGAAAUCUUCCCUUAAAUUUCAUAUUUAAUUUCCUUAUCUCAGCAUUUGGUCUAAUCAGCAUUUAAAUUUGAAAGAGCAUCCCUAAAAAGAGCAUGUCAGUUAAAAGUAUACAUAAUAACAACAAGAAAUAUGAAAAGCUUAGCUUAUUCAGGAGUAAGCUAUUCAUUUGCAUCUUAGGAACAAUCUUAAUAUACAGGACAAAUGACAAAUGAAAUGGGUCGCAAAGAAACACGUUACUUACAGACUUUAAAUUGCGAUUCAAUGGCCCAGCAAAACAUGAAAAUGCGCCCAGUGCUACUGAAAAGGAACAGUCUGGAUUCAGCUGAUUUUACGAGACAGCCACACCACCGCAGGACCAAAUCUCAGCAAGUUCGAUUCAAGGAUGAUGGUGUGAACACAAAGACAGAACUGGAUACCAGUCCUGCCCAAGAUAUAGCAUUCAUGACUGGAAAACCAGAAAUAUUUAGUGAUCACAGUUUUUUGCUACAUCAACCUCCAUCUUUUCCAAGGGCUCAGAAGGGGCUUCGGAAUAUUGCCAUACAAACAUCUCCUAGCCUCAGGAAACACCUCCCGGUUUUUAAAAAGAAAAAGCUGACAGUAAGCAAAUCAUUAACAGAAAUGUCAACUGAGCCUGCAAAUUCUACCCAAGUAAACGGCAAUCUUUCUGAACAAGACAUUAUGUCUUCAGAUCUCUGCUACUUAAGAAUAACUAAUCAUUUGGAAGAUGGAUUUAGGAAUAGUGAGGUGGAUGGUCAGUUAAGUCAAAGUCUGUCAAAAGCACAAAGCAAUGGACCUAUCCACUCAGAAGAUUUCUCAGUAUCAGAGAAGACAACCGUAUCUACACAGGUGCCUGAAUACAUACAUGUGAGUUUUCCACAAGACAGCAAUGUUUCCAUGGAUGCACCAGAUGUAACCACAAAUUUAAGUAAUUCACUGCAUUCUUCUACUGUCAUAAAUAGCAAUGAAAAUAAUGAAAACAGCACGCUGCCAUCUAAUUCUGAAAAAGCAUACCUAAGCAGUUCUACCAACUGCAGUGAAUGUAGUCCUCAUUCUGACCCUUGUGAAGCAGAAAAAAGUGAUUCUGAGUUGCUUGUAGCCAGCAAAGAUGCAAGCAGUAAGAAAACUACUCCAUUAUCACCUCCAUCAAAUCACAGCUCAUCUUGUUUCCUCAGAGACUAUCAACAGGCAGGAAAGCACAAAACAGAUUCCAGCUGUGUGACAUUAACAAAUGAUGAUCACACAACAAUGUCACUGACCAGCAGUAAUGCGUCAAAAUCUGUUCUGUCAUGUAAUGCUGAAAUUGAGAAAAAUUCUACCCAGUCAGAUGUUUCCCAGUGUAACAGCUGUUUAGAAGGAUUUCACAUAAAGUCUUAUCUGCCAAUGAAUGAAAUAAAACCACAAACUGACAAAGAGAUUAGUGAAAUAAAUCAAAUUCACUUGGCACAUGGCGAAGUCUGUGCCCUACAAGGCAGGCUGCAGUCUGUAGAGGAAUCCUUGCAGUUGAACCAGGAGAAGAUUAAAGUCCUUUUGAAUGUAAUCCAAGACCUGGAAAAAUCCAGAGCCCUCAGUGAAGGGCGUAACUUCUACCACACUGGUCAAGACCUCAACAACUGCAGCACCUGUCAGAACACCGCAUGUAUCAUUUACAGUGUAGAAUACGACUUCAGACAACAAGAAGGACGAUUUCAUCAGAUUUUGAAAACACUGGAUCAUGCAGAGGAAAAUGCCACUUCAGCUUCACCUCAGAAGGUAUCCUCUGAUCAUCCAGCUCCCGAGAAAAAGGAGUUAAGACGCAAAACAAAAAAGGUGAAAAGAAAAUGCUUCUGGUGGAUUUGACUUCCUUAUGGAUCCUUUUACAUUUCAAAAGACAGUAGAACAGAAAGAGGUUUGAGAGCACACACCUGAAAAUGUGCUAUUAUGAAAUUACAAAGCUAAAGAAUGUCUGAUUAGAAUAUCUGAAAAAUCAAAUUAAUUGAAUUUACUUAAAUCAUCUCACUGAAUAAAGGUGCAUGAAGAUACUAUUUUCAAGCAGAAAUUGUUUCUUUCAAAAGGAAGCUUUCUCGUUUUUCCAAGGACACUUUCAUAUGCUUUGUAAAGACUUUUUUUUUCAACUUUCCAGAAAUAACAAAGUUUAAAUCUCUAGUUUAAAAAACAAUGGUAGACAAAACGAAGGGUAUCAAACAGUCGUCUUUUCCUAUUUAUAAGCAACAUGGACUAAAAGUAAAGAAUUUCAUUGAUCUUUAAACAAACCAUAUAAUCAAGAACAACAUCAGGGGAAUCUAUGUCGUUCAAGCAGUUCUCUCCUCAAAGGAGACAAUUACAAUUAUUUCACAUCCCCACUGAAAUAUUUUUGUUGCUAUCAUCUAAUAUUUAACAACAAAAAAAGAAUUUCAGGUUAAGUUUUACUCUGUACUUUUAUUGGUUCAACUUAAAAAGCAACCAUUUAGAAGUUUCAGCCACUUAACAGACUUCUCUGAAAAGAAUUAUAGAACCAUAAAACAAGAGGAAAUCUCAGUAAUUCUAGUCUUAACCCCCUAGCUCAAGCAAGGUCCAAUUAGGUGAAUUUGAGUUUUGAGUAUCUCCAAAGUCAAGAACCCAUAACCCCUUGGGGAAAGCUGUUCCAAAUUUUUUCCUAAUAUCUAAUCUUUAUUUCCUAUGUUCUAACUUGUGUCCCUUACACCUUGCCCUAUCUAAAUACACCUUCAAGAAGAAUUAGACAGACAAUAAGACCUCUCUCCUACGCUUUCACUUCUUAAAGACCGAACGAAUCCAGUUUUCACUGCCCCUCUUCACAUGUUAUGUGCUGCAGGCCACAGUCAUCUCGGUGGUCUCCCACCAGUAAGUUGAUGUCUUUCAUCUACCAGCCUCAAACUGGACACAAUGCCUCAGAUGUCAUUAUGCAGUUGGUGCAGGGAGAGGAGUAACCACUUUGGCUACUGUCUUGCUAAACCACUUUGCCCGAUUUGUCCAUUUAAGACCUGUAUCACCAUACCAAAAUAUCCCAAGAUGAGUUUUUUGGCCUUAAGAUAUAAGUUGAUAUAUGAUACAAAAAUGAUCAUUAAAAAGAAUAUAUUUAAUGAACUUAUCUGUACUAUGUAUUAAAAAAGAAUCAUAUAUGCUGAAAAGAUUUUAUCAGAUGACAAUGCAGCUAUUUCUUUCCUUCAAAAAUAGCCGAGUUACCAGCUAGCCUGGGGUAUGCCAAUGAUACCUAAUUUAGGGUUGAUGAUACUAUUAUUUUGCUCAUGAAAACAUGGUCACCUUUCAUAUGGGGGGCAGAGGGGAAAAUGUUUUCUGAAGCAAGUUUAAAGGGCACACUGUAAAGCCCAAAUAAUGAUUUUAUGUUUAGUGGAAUGUACUGCAGACCUUUUCUUAGAAGUUAUUCUGGUUAAUUAGUUCAAAUGGUGCCAGGGUAUUCAAUAGAUUAACCCCUGGAUCCUAUUUUUCUAAAUCAUGUUGUAUUAAUUGUGCAAUGUUAGUUUAAAAUGUCUGUAUGCUUUUUGUACACUUCUGUGUUCCUUGAAUUCUUAGGGUUAAUUACACAUUUGAAAACACAUUAAAACAACUUUGCACAGAAGAAUUUCGUCUGGAAGAACUAAGUUUUUUGAUAAAAGCAGUCUUCAUUUAGAAUAGAGUAUGCUAUGUGACAUGGCUUAAUUUAUUAAAAUUCUAAAGGACUGACA